CCAAGAAAACUUUGCCAACCACAAAGCUAUAGUCUUCUAUGUUUUCUUUUCUUUUCUUUUCUUUUCUUUUCUUUUCUUUUCUUUUCUUUUUUCUGAGACGGAGUCUCGCUCUGUCGCCCAGGCUGGAGUGCAGUGGCGCAAUCUUGGCUCACUGCAAGUUCCGCCUCCUGGAUUCAUGCCAUUCUCCUGCCUCAGCCUCCUGAGUAGCUGGGCCUACAGGUGUCUGCCACCAUGCCCAGCUAAUUUUUUGUAUUUUUAGUAGAGACAGGGUUUCACCGUGUUAGCCAGGAUGGUCUCAAUCUCCUGACCUCAUGAUCCGCCCGCCUCAGCCUCCCAAAGUGCUGGGAUUACAGGUGUGAGCCACUGCACCCGGCCCUAUGUUUUCUUUUUGAAGCUUUAUAGUUUCCACUUUUCCAUUUAGUAUUAAGAGAAAUUUUGAAUUAAUUUUUUGCUUAUGGUGUAAGGUAGGGGCAAGGGCAACUUUCUCUCUUACAUUCUUGAUCCAGUUGUUCCAAUAACAUUUGUUGAAAAGAAUUUUCUUUCUUCAUUGAAUUGCAUUGGUAUCAUGCUGUAUUUCUAAAAUUUUAAAUUUAAUUCCUCAGUUGCACUAGCCACAUUUCACGUACCCAAGAGCUACAUGUGGCUUCUGGCUACUGUAUCAGCCAGCACAAAUAUAAAAUAUUCCCAAGUUUUAUGGGACAGCACAUAGCUCUAGAUCUUAGGGAAUAGUGCCUAAUAGAUAUCUUCAAUUGUGUGACAGGUAACCUAAACCAAAUAACACAGUAAGAGCAGAUAUAAGGAAGGUAAAAAUUAGUCACUGCCUAUAUGAGGUACCUAGAGUAGUCAAAAGUCAUAGAGACAAAGAGUAGAAUGGCAGUUGCCAGAAGUGGGGGCUAGAGAGUUAUUGUUUAAUGGGUACAGAGCUUCAGUUUUGUGAUAGUGGCAAAACCGUGUGAAUAUAUUUAAUGCUAAAGAACUAUACACUGAAAAUGUUUAAAUGGUAAAUUUAGUGUUAUGUAUAUUUUACCAAUAUUUUAAGAAGUUUUUAAAAAUGGCCAUUCCUGCGCUGGGCAUGUGGCUCAUGCCUAUAAUUGCAGCAACUCAGAGGCUCAGGCAGGAAGAGUGCUUGACACCAAGAUUUCCAGACCAGGCUGGCAACACAGUGAGACCCUGUCUAUAAUUUUUUUUUUAAUUAACUGGGUGUGGUGGCAUGCAUCUAUAGCUCUAGUUACUUGGGAGGCUGAGGCCAAAGUAUUGCUUGAGCACUGGAGUUUGAGGCUGCAGUGAGCUAUUAUGGUGCCACUGCACUCCAACCUGGGUGACAGGGCAAGACCCCAUCUCAAAAAAAAAAAAAGAAAAGAAAAAAAAAAAGGCUUUUUUCCCCAGCUGGUAUUCACUGCAAGUCAGGAAACAAUCAUUGUUACUGAUAAUGACUGACUUGGUUCUCUCUGGUGUAUCUGAGGGAUAUCUAACAUCUCUUUUUAUUUACAGAGGAGUUAUUGGAGCCCAGAGGCUGACUUAAUUUAAUGUGUCUACCCUAGAGUAUUUCCAGUGGACUUCAGCUGAUAAGUUGAAGUUAUCUUCAGCUGAUAAGGGAAAAACAAUUUGAAAGUUAUUCUCUUGUAAUGUGUUAUCCAUACAUGCAUGUAACCCUGAUGAUUUUCUUUAUUAGGUUAUGGUAACAUAACAAACUAGCAGCAGGAGCAGUCACGGUUUCGUAAUAAAAGUUAUCUGAAAAAGUCUGUUACUGGUGGAGGGUGUCCAGGUUCUUGGCGUUUUGGACAAAAAAAUUGGACAAAACACAUAAACAAAGCAAGGAAACAAUGAAACAACAAAAGCAGAGAUUUACUGAAAAUGAAAGUACACUCCACAGUGGGGAGUGGGCCUGAGCAUAGGGGCUCAAGGGCCCUGUUACAGAAUUUCUGGAGGUUUAAAUACCGUCUAGAGGAUUCCACUGGUUACUUGGUGUACACCCUAUGUAAAUGAAGAGAAUGAAGUAAAGUUACAAACUCAUUUACUCAGCAUACACCCUAUGGAGAGGAUCUUUCCUGUUAUAGCUAAAGUGUGAAUCAGCCUUAUGUUCCCUGCCUCCAGACCCUAUUUUCCUGCCUCAAAUCUCUAAUACUUGAUUUUGAUGAUUUAACUGUUGAUCCCAAUGCAAAUAUAAAAGACUUUGUAAAGCAUAGACUAUACUAUAUAUUAAUUCAAGGAAUGUCAGGGCAUGUACUGAUGUUGAAUUCUGAGAAUCAUGUGCUUUUGUACAGAACAAAGUCUGUUUGUUGAAAUAUUUUGAGUUAAAAUAUUCCCUAAAACUCCUUAAUAAAGGGAAUUACAUAAUCUGUUAAUUGAUUUGUGGAACGGCAGUGAAAGAGGCUGUAUUAGACGACUUGAAAACACUCAUAUUUGGAGCUUAACGAAAAUACUCCUGCUCUCCAGAGAUGAAAUGUUAGUGAGAGCAGCAAAUAAUUUAUUUUUAUAUGCUGGAUUUGCAUAUUUGAGACCAUCUAUUAAUACUGUUCUUUAGGACCUCAACCUAGUCGUCUAAGACAUCCUUAUUAAACGAGACCAAUAGAUAUCAUUUAAUAUUGAAAAUAUUGUUAAUGCCCUUCAAAAUCUUUCGAAGGAAUAAACAUUAAAAACUAGAAGUUCUUUGUAAAAUUUUGCGGUUUAAAAUAAUACUCGGUUUCAAAUUAGUGGGUCCCUCAUUUAUCAUAAAUUAUAAAAGAGAAUCUAACAGUUAUUGGCUACAUUCUAGGCACGGGGUAACGCUUUAUUAUUCUUCUAACCAAAAACAUACAUGUAUCUAAGUAUCCCAUGUAAGGUAUCAUUCAACCACACAAAACCCUAUGAAAUACAGGCAGGGGGCGGUGGCUCACGCCUGUAAUCCCAGCACAUUUAGAGGCCGAGGCAGGAGGAUAAUUUGAGCCCUCAGGAGUUCAAGACCAGCCUGGGCAACAAUAGUGAGACCUCGUCUCUUCACCAUCAAAUCCAGGAGAAUUAAUUUCUACUGUUGGAGUAGUCAACUAAAGGACAGCUCGCGAUAUUACACAAACUACUACUCCCAACAUGCAAAGCGGUUUCUUUCCUUCUGUCCCCGCCCGGCCGUCCGAGAGCCCCAGCAGGCCUCGGGGCGCGAAAGGCAACCUGGGAGCAGUAGUUCUCCCGGGCGCCUAGCGGGAUCGCCAGCGCGGCAGUGGGGGCUUCCGCGGCUCCAAGCCAGCGGGUCCUGUGAGGGCGAGCGGAGGCGGAGAAAGGGCGCGGGAGUGAGAGAGGGUGAGUCAGCCACUGUCUAUGCAAUAAAGGGAGGCCUCACCGCGGGAUAGGGCUGAAUUCAGAAGUGCGGCCCGUGCCGCAGUCUGUUCCAGGACGCGGCUUGUCUUAGCGUCAGCGAGGGAAGGUUGAGGAGGAGCCAGAGCCUGGUCCUGCAGCCUUUCUCGCCGUCAGCGCCCGUCGCCAUCUCCACCAUGCAGUCCCGGGAAGACGUCCCGCGCUCUCGCCGCCUCGCCAGUCCCCGUGGUGGGAGGCGGCCCAAGAGGAUUUCCAAGCCCUCGGUUUCGGCCUUUUUCACGGGUCCAGAGGAGUUAAAGGACACGGCCCAUUCUGCAGCCCUGCUGGCACAGCUCAAGUCCUUCUACGACGCGCGGCUGCUGUGUGAUGUGACCAUCGAGGUGGUGACGCCUGGCAGCGGGCCUGGCACGGGUCGCCUCUUUUCCUGCAAUCGCAACGUGCUAGCAGCUGCGUGUCCCUACUUCAAGAGCAUGUUCACAGGUGGCAUGUACGAGAGCCAGCAGGCCAGCGUGACCAUGCACGAUGUGGACGCCGAGUCCUUCGAGGUGUUGGUCGACUAUUGCUACACGGGUCGUGUGUCUCUCAGUGAGGCCAAUGUGCAGCGCCUGUACGCGGCCUCCGACAUGCUACAGCUGGAAUAUGUGCGGGAAGCCUGUGCCUCCUUCUUAGCCCGACGUCUUGACCUGACCAACUGCACCGCCAUCCUCAAGUUUGCAGACGCCUUCGACCAUCACAAGCUUCGAUCUCAGGCCCAGUCCUACAUAGCUCACAACUUCAAGCAGCUCAGCCGAAUGGGUUCAAUUCGGGAGGAGACUCUAGCAGAUCUGACCCUGGCCCAGCUGCUGGCUGUCCUACGCCUGGAUAGUCUGGACAUAGAGAGUGAGCGGACUGUAUGCCAUGUAGCUGUGCAGUGGCUGGAGGCUGCUGCCAAAGAGCGGGGUCCCAGUGCUGCAGAAGUCUUCAAGUGCGUGCGCUGGAUGCACUUCACUGAAGAAGAUCAGGACUACUUAGAAGGGCUGCUGACCAAGCCCAUCGUGAAGAAGUACUGCCUGGACGUUAUUGAAGGGGCCCUGCAGAUGCGCUAUGGUGACCUGUUGUACAAGUCUCUGGUGCCAGUGCCAAACAGCAGCAGCAGCAGUAGCAGCAGCAACUCUCUUGUAUCUGCAGCAGAAAAUCCACCCCAGAGACUGGGUAUGUGUGCCAAGGAGAUGGUGAUCUUCUUUGGACACCCUAGAGAUCCCUUUCUCUGCUAUGACCCUUACUCGGGGGACAUUUACACAAUGCCAUCCCCUUUGACCAGCUUUGCUCACACUAAGACUGUCACUUCCUCAGCUGUCUGUGUCUCCCCAGACCAUGACAUCUAUCUAGCUGCUCAGCCCAGGAAAGACCUCUGGGUGUAUAAACCAGCUCAGAAUAGUUGGCAGCAACUUGCAGAUCGCUUGCUGUGUCGUGAGGGCAUGGAUGUGGCAUAUCUCAAUGGCUACAUCUACAUUUUGGGGGGGCGAGACCCUAUUACUGGAGUUAAGUUGAAGGAAGUGGAAUGCUACAGUGUUCAGAGAAACCAGUGGGCAUUGGUGGCUCCUGUCCCUCAUUCCUUCUAUUCCUUUGAACUCAUAGUGGUUCAGAACUAUCUUUAUGCUGUCAACAGUAAGCGCAUGCUUUGCUAUGAUCCUAGCCACAAUAUGUGGCUGAACUGUGCUUCUCUUAAACGUAGUGACUUUCAGGAAGCAUGUGUCUUCAAUGAUGAAAUCUAUUGUAUCUGUGACAUCCCAGUCAUGAAGGUCUACAACCCAGCUAGGGGAGAAUGGAGGCGGAUUAGUAAUAUUCCUUUGGAUUCAGAGACCCACAACUACCAGAUUGUCAAUCAUGACCAAAAGUUGCUUCUCAUCACUUCUACAACCCCACAAUGGAAAAAGAACCGAGUGACAGUGUAUGAGUAUGAUACUAGGGAAGAUCAGUGGAUUAAUAUAGGUACCAUGUUAGGCCUUUUGCAGUUUGACUCUGGCUUUAUUUGCCUUUGUGCUCGUGUUUAUCCUUCCUGCCUUGAACCUGGUCAGAGUUUUAUUACUGAGGAAGAUGAUGCACGGAGUGAGUCUAGUACUGAAUGGGACUUAGAUGGAUUCAGUGAGCUGGACUCUGAGUCAGGAAGUUCAAGUUCUUUUUCAGAUGAUGAAGUCUGGGUGCAAGUAGCACCUCAGCGAAAUGCACAGGAUCAGCAGGGUUCUUUGUAAAUAGUAUUUUGAGACACUAAGAUGUUUCUACUGCUACGGAAUGUAUUUUAAACACAUAUCCUUUCUUUUUCUUGGAAAAAAAGUUGAUUAGGACCACAGAUUUGGUUUAGAAAGGGUAAUAUUUUGAAAUACUACAAGGUUUAGACAGUCCAUGAAAUCGACCUGUUUAAUAAUUUACCAUCCUGAAAGUCCAGAAUUAAAAUAUGGAAGCAAGAACUAUAUAAUUGAUUGGGAUGCUUGGUAGGUUUUUUUCAUUGUUCAAAUAUUCAUUGCACAGUGGAUUGUUUUGAUUAGUUAGUAUGCUUUUUUUUUUUAAUUAAUUCAGUCUUCUGUUAAUUUUUAAGUUUUGGUUAGUGCCACAAGGAAUUUAACUUUUUGAUUUGUAUAAUAGAAAACUGAACUAGGAAUUGUUAGCGGGGUUUUGAAGGAUGUGUACUUUCCUUCAAAAUAAAGUGGUAGAUUUUCAAAAUUUUACACUAGUCAGUUCUUUAUAUUCUAAGUUAAAUGUAGUUUGUAAAAUUAUUUUGGUUUUCUUCUACAAAGGAAAAAAUUGGAUUUAUAUAUAUAAGGUUACUGCAUAAUGAUUUCAUUUUGAUAAUGUGCAGAAUGGCCUCACAAGCUCACAGAAAGUAAAAAAAAGAAAAAAAAAAUCAGGAUUCCACUGUUUUAAAAGAAAUCUCAGUUUUUAUCUUGGAAUAUAAAAUGUGUAUUUGGUAUAUGUGACCAAUUUUCUAUCCCAAAAAACACCCAUUCUUAGUAAUGUCAUGAAUUAAACACCCUUCUAAACCAAAAAAAAAAAAAAAAAAAAAACGGUAACUUGCUUUUUAUGUUUGUGUUUUUAAUUUAUGCCCAAUACAUGCUUUAUUGACUCAGAGGAACAAUUCCUGGACAUAUAAUUGGGUAAUGCAAAUUUUUAUCCACUGGUCAUGACUUGUCUUAAAAUGUUUACUUGCCUCCCUAAAAUAUUUUGGCUGUAUAGGUUUGGUGUUUGUCCUAGAGGAUUCUUCAACAGAAAGUGAUUUAUUCUUUACUGUUUUGUGAGGUAAUAUGGUUUAGAACAUAUGUAUAAGCUAAAAACAGUAUUUUACUCAGAUCAGUAGUUAUCGUGUCUAUCAGCUAUAAAAAAAAUCAAGUGCCAGCCAAGAACUUUAAAACUUUAAGCUGUGUAUUAUAGAACCAUUUUGUGUAGCAUUGGAAUAUUGUCCAUUUUGUAAGUCAUUGUGAAUGUUCUUAAUUAUCAGCUUGAAGGUUAUUUUUGUAUUAAAAGUUGACAUUGAAGAACCCAAGUGGAUGAUGGGAUUUGGGGCCAGUAGUGAAAGUAUGUUUCCUCUAAAAUAUUUCCCUAAACAGUGGUAUACAUGGUUAUUUUAUUAUGAGAUUUGUAUAUGUUCUGUGUUUCUCUGUGAACAAUGUUUCAGUCUCUCUGUCACCAUAUGUAAGGGGAAGUCCACAAAUAUAGACUAAAUUGCACAAAACUAAAAUUGUUAAUUAUAAGAAAAUAUAGGUGCUUACCUUUUGAAGGUUUAUUAAUACAUAUGGUUGUCACAAUACGUAUAUAUGAUAAAUGGUGUACAUAUACAGAUGUUUAUGGUGUAUAAAUUUUUCUAUACCCAAUUAGAAUUAUCUUCCUGAUUCUUUAUUCAAUAACAUGCUAAUUCCUCUUCUAUGUUCUAUAGUGACAGAAUGCUAACUUUUCUUAUACCCUGGCAGAGGACAGAGGAGUCUGGUCUAGGAUGGGGAACUGAAUUUUUGAACGAAAAGGAAAGAGAAAGGAUGAAGAAACAAACAAACAAAAAAACACACGAUAAUGUUUCUCAGUCAUUUUGAUUGGCCAUUUGAACAGUCUACAAGUUUAACGUUAUUUCCAGUGAAGUAGGAUGGCUGCCCUAGCAAUACAUGUUUCUUCAAAAGGGUAAACAUGCUUUAGUGACCUAAAGCUAAAUUUUGUUCAUUUGACAUCAGGGAUGUUAUAAGUACUGCACUUAAUACAAAGCUAUUUCUCAAUUGUGUUAUUUUUGAGACAAAUUUUUCUUCACCAUUAACUUCUUGUUGGUAGCUUUUUGUUUUGUAAAAAUUGAGAGAUGGCAAUUCUUAUCUCAACCAGAUUAUCCAUCUGCAGAAUUAAGGUAUGCAACUGGUAAAUAAAAGACAAAUGCUCCAGUUUGUCUUUCUCAACCUUUGGGUUCUUAACCUUUGAGUUAAAACCUAGUCUAAAUAGUGGGAAUGUCUUGGUUUACAGUAAGGUUUUCUUGGGAAGGAUCUUGGUUUUGUGAUCUAUUUGUGAAUUAAGGAGUAGAUGUUAACCAUUAUUUUAUAGAUAAGUGAUUUGUACAUGGUUAGUUAUAAAUAAAACUGGUACUAGAA